CUCUAUACAGGUCCCCUGCUGUUUCACACAAGAGACAAGACUGUUUCUUGCUUUUCUGCCGUGUAUUUAGGAUAAAGUUCAUAAGUUGAGCUGCUUUCAAGAGAUAUGGAAGCUCCUGUUCCAUUGCUAGGGUCAGAAGAAAUUAGAAGUGAGCAUGAUGGUAAGGAGAAAGAGGCCCGCGUAUCCUUUGCCAAAUAUUUUGGGCUGUUCUUUAGAAGCUCCUGCAAAUCCAAAAGUGCAGAAUUCACGGCAUGGUCUUCUGUGUCUUUCAAGAUCCUCGGAUUUAAAAUGAAUUGUGCUUCAAAAAGCUUCUAAAGCAUGUAAAAUCACUUUUGACCCGAUGAGCAGAACUUGGGUGUACUUUGGACUGAUUAGAACACGACGUGACUUUUCUACCUUCACUUAGAAAGCAAUAUUUGAAAAGGAAGAAGCACAAUCCAGAAAGGGAUGUAGCAUUUGGGGAGGACCCAACCCCUUUUUCACUUUCAUCUCUUUAUCACCUGGAUCGUACAGGUAGCACCUUAACCCCUUCCUAGCUUCGGAUGAAGGUCUGAAAGAUUUUGAUUCCCUACACUAAGAGCAGGUGCAGUCGGUGGCCAGGUGGUAUUUCCUUAUCAACUUCAGUCUCGUUAAUCAUCUACCUGCCUCUCAUUUCUGGACAAGCCGUUUCCUGUUUUGAAUCAGAAACCUCUGGCAGUGAAAGGCUACAAUCCAGAGAAUACAGCUUGACACCCAGGGCGGGCUGCUUCGCCCCUUCCCUUAGGCGAACACUCCUCAAAGUGAUGUCAUCAACUCUGCAUUUUUCCGUGAGGAAACUCAGCAUGGAAAGCUUGGUGGGGGGAGGGUUGCUAGCAGAUCCGCAACCCUUCCUGCUGCUGCUGCUUCAUUUCCCUGGCCCAUUUGGCAAAAAGUUGAGAGCUUCAAGGAAACUCCUUAAAGCAAUGGGAGAGCUCCACCCUCCACUGAGACCUUCAACCAUCCCCGCAACUGGGCGUUCCUGCACUUUGGGACGGUGCCUAGAUUAACACCGUGCUGCACCCACGCAGCCUUUCUGAUCGGCUUCUCGACACGCUUUGCUGGAUCUCUAGUCUUUCCUGUGGGCUGUUUGCCCGGCUGGCAUCGGGGUCACCAUGCCAGCCCUUCGAUUCAAUGGCCGCUCCCUGAUUUCUCUCCUGGGGAUCGUUCGGCUGUUGGAGAUAUUCUUCUCCUGCACUGCUUUCAGCUUGGCAGCAGUCUAUCAAAGCUACGGUGGAAACUAUGGGGCUUGGUCGAUGUUUACGUGGUGCUUCUGCUUCAUCAUUUCUGUCUUCGUGGUGACUAUGGAGCUGAUCAGCCUGGAUGCAGCCCUGCCUCUUUCCUGGCAGGACUUCACUUCUGCCUUCUCCAUGCUGGCCACUCUGAUGAUCUUCACAACUUCCAUUGUCUACCCAGCAACCUUCCUACCUUCCUGCAAGGGCUACAAGUGCGGUUAUGAAAUUGGGGCAACUGUCAUGUCUUCCCUCUGCUUCAUUGCCUAUGCAGUAGAAGUAGGACUCACCAGGGCCAAAGCAGGGGAGCUCAGCAACUUCCUGACUACCAUCCCUGGCCUCCUGAAGGUAUUUGAGGCCUACGUAGCUUGUCUCAUCUUCUCCUUGCUGGACAAAAUUUCCUAUUACAGGGCAUAUCCUGGUCUGGAAUGGUGUGUGGCCGUCUACAGCAUCUGCUUCAUUUUGACCAUGGUGAUCAUCAUUCUCACCAUUGGACGCUGCCUUGGUUCCUUGCCCAUCCCUGUGGAGAAGACUCUUGUUGCCUACAACAUCUUGGCUGUUCUCAUGUAUCUUACAGUGGUAGUCGUAUGGCCUGUAUACAGCUUUCGGAACCAUCCAAGACCUUCGUGUAGUAGUCCUCAUGAUAUCCCCUGUGCCACUUGGGACAAUCAGCUGGGAAUUACCUUCCUCUCUUUCUUCAACCUCAUUGCCUACAUUGUGGACUUCGCCUAUUCUUACAAAAUGGUUUUUGUGACCACACCGGCAUAGAUGGCUCUUGUACUCUUCUCACCCACCCAAGCAUGUACGUGUGGAAACCAUAUUGGCUUAUGUUGCUGGACAUGUUGAGAUCUAAGAAGCACAGCUCCAGGAGUAGCAGAAGUUGUAGAUAUCUGAGGUGAUGGCGGUGAUGGUACUUCUAAUUUUAUAACUACGUGAUUUAAAUUUUGGACUGUUUUAUUUUAUACUUGCGGUUAUGUUGGAUGGACCGACUUCAUUUCCUAAAGGAGUUGACCUUAUCUUCAUUCAUUACAAGACCUCUGUGAAUUAAAAAUGAUUUUGGAGAAGCCAGCAGGCUAUAGUCUUUCCAGCUUCUGUUUUAAACUCUAGUUGUGAGAAGUGAAAAGAUUAUGAGCAAAGAAGGAAAAUCAGGAGGAAGCUGAGUCCUCCACAGAAAGAAGACAACUUUAAUCAUCGCACUGAGCUGAAGACACAAUUUUUUCUUCAGAUGUGUUCUACAGGAAUGUUUUAUUUGCCUUUCAACAGAAUAUCUUGUUCAAGUUAGAUGAAAUAUGAGAUAUCACUGCAGAAUAUGGAGUGGGGGGGGUGAUUAUAUUGCUGUACCAAGCAGUCAGCUAAAACAUGGCUUGUUGGAUUAUGGAUUGUUGAAUAAACCACAGUUGGCAAUAAAAAGGAA